GAAAAGAUGAAUUCAGUACACGACAAUAAUAAGAAAUGGUUACCACCACCAGUUCAAAGUCCUUCUUUGACUGAAGCUCCUACUACACCUUCUCAAUCAUUAUUCCCUUCUACACCUAUGGAUCAUAGUGGUUAUACUACUAAUUUUUCUUCAGGUCCUCUUGAUUCUCCUAUACAUCAAACAUUUCCUCAACAUGGUCCAUCUUAUUUCACUCCAAAACAUGAACCAUCUGAUCCAAGAUUACCUGGUAUGAUGGGUAUGUCAUCUCAACCUAGUACUCCUCAACCUUCUUCUUUGGAUGAUCAUCACGAUACUGCUUUAUCUCCUAAUCCCAAGAGACAACGUACAACCAUCAACUAUGCAAAUGCUGCCUUUAGUACUACUGGUCCUUAUCCUCAUCCUUCUUUGAUACGUAAACAACGUGGUAGUAAAAGUGAACCUAUCUUUGCUGCAGAAAUGGGUCCAAUUUUUAGUUCCACAAAAUCUUUGGAAAAUAUCUAUGCUUUGGAUCGGUCAACUUUAUUGACUGCUAGAAUACAAGCAAAGAUGGAUCGUGGCUUUUUUUUGGCAGAUAAUGAUUGGACUUGUUAUCGACGCAAUUACUUUCAAGUCAGUUGUGCUUUUACUAUUCCUGGAUUAACAAAUAUACCAACUCCUCCUCCUUAUUUCGGUGCCGAUCCUCACCAGCAACAUCCUCAUCAUCCUCAUCAUCAUUACCAUAUGCAACAAGAUCCUCUUUGCUAUGUACAAACCGAUGGUAUGUUUUUACCCAUACGACAAUUCAGUCUCAACAUCUCAGCAAGGGUCUCCAACAGUGAUAAGAAAAUUGAAUUAGUACAACACACUCCCAAACGUGAUAAAGGACCUCAAAAUACACCUCUCGCCAAACCCGUUUUACCUGGUGGAAAUCUUAGUCUUAGUGCUGUCGGUGCCAGUCAAAAUAUCGCAACAUUCGAACGUAUUCAAUUCAAAACUGCUACAGCAAACAAUGGAAAACGUAGAGCGGCUCAACAAUACUAUGUAUGUGUAGUGGAUCUUUAUUGUGAUACAAUUGUGGAUGGUAUGCACCGUCAAAUCAAAGUAGCUUCUUGUCAAUCUGCUCCUCUAGUUGUACGUGGUCGUAGUCCUGGUCAUUAUUCGGAUAAUAAUCAAUUACAACAAUCACAACCAUCUAUGAUGACUUCUCCUUCAGAUCUUGCUCGUUUUGAUUCAUCUCAUCAUCCUCAUUCAAUGAACAUGUCUCAACAACCUUCUCUCUCUUCUCAUUUGGAUGAUCAUCGUUUCUCACCAACAUCUCCUUCUCCUUAUGGUCGAAAUAAUGGUUUGAUGGUCAACACUAACAACGGAUCAAUGACACCUGGAGAUUAUUCAUAUCCUAGUUAUCCCGCGUAUCCAAAUGGUGGUUAUCCUCCUUUUAUUCAAAAUGGACAUCCUGGCAACCCUUCUUCUAUCAUGAUGAAUAAUAGUCCUUCCUCUCCAAUGGGUUUACAUCCUCCACCUUCACAUUCAUCUGUGACUUAUGAUCCAUCUUCUCAACCAUCAUCACAUCAUCAUCAGCAACAUCAUCAUCAUCAUCAUCAACAACAGCAGCAGCAACAAUCUCAUCCAUCUCAACAGCAUCCUUACAUGGUAGCUGAUAUGCAGGAUCAACAACAGCAACCACAACAUCAACAACAACAACAGCAUCAUCAACAACAACAACAGCAACAUGAUCAACAUACCAACGCUGCAUCUACUACAUCAUCUUCCGAUUUCUAUCGAGGAGAUAUAUCUUCUCCAUCCAACAUGGGUCCUCCUCAUCCCCCAGCACAGGACACUGGUGAUUGGCGUAGAUAUCCUAGUGGCGUUCCGCAUACACCUACUUCUUCCACAAGCACCACAAGCUCAUCCGGUCAUGUCACAACUCCUUCCAAUGGUAGUAUGCUUUCAGGUCCUUUGCCUCCACUUUCUACACCUAAUCAUUCAAAAUCCAACAACAAUACUGCUCCUUCCACUCCUUCAUCAGGCUAUGACCAACCAUCUUAUUUUCAUCCUCCUCCUCCAACUCCUGUCACCCCAACUUCAUCCAAUCAAAAGUAGUUUUAUUUAUUUAUUUAUUUAUUGUAUUGUUUUUUUUUUAUAUAUGUUGUAUGUGCUUUUUUUUAUGUUUUCUUUUUUUACUAUUGUUAUCCUUCUAUUUUUUUUUUUAUAUUUUUUUUUC